GUAUUCAUAUUCAUUCCCAUUUCUUGACACAAAAGGAAUAGUGGAAGUGCAUGGUAACAGGGUGGAACAUUUGUCUGAGCACACCUUCCCUCCCCCCCUUGCUCCUUCUCUCUCUUUUGUGGGCAUUCCUAGAAGGGUAGUAGGCCUCCCUUUCUUUGAGUCACAAGGGAAAUGGAUAGCUGAGCUGCUGUCUGGGAAGAGAACAUUGCCAUCAAGGGAUGUAAUGAUGCAUUCCAUUAUGGAGUUUUAUCACCAGAGGAAUGUUGAUGGCAUUCCUAAGUACAGAACUCAUGAUAUUGGAAACUUUGAGUAUUCUGAUGAGUAUGCAGAUCACACUGGAUUCCCACAUUUAGAAGAGUGGAGGAAAGAGUUAUCCCUUUCAGCUAUUAUAAAUUCCUAUGUCAACUUAGAGACAUACCGCGAUUCAUAUGAACAUGAUCUUGAUCUGCUUGAACUCACUCUUCAAGAUCCUUAUUUCACUCAACUUCGACCUCAAGAUGCAAAGCUCAGCAUCAAUUAAAUGAAAAUGCUAAAAAACUGUUCAAAUUGUCAUGCUUUCUUUUCAAUUUGUCUCCCAGAGUUUCGGAUUCAUUUAUGUAUGUUAUCAUAGUGAGACUGUGACGUGUAAGCUGCAUCUUGAUUUCAAAUACUAUUGUAAUAAUUGUGAAGAAAAUCUAUAAAAAAUAAAUUUGUGAAAAGCUAUAAAAAAAUAAAUAAAAGGAUUGUGGGUCUUAUGCAACAUUCACA